AUGCCUCCAUUCGCCGCUGAAUCUUCCCCCGCCGCUGCCGCCCCCUUGGCCUUCAAGGUCAACAGCAAGAACGUCCAGUACACCGACUCCCACAUCGUCGCUGACUACCACUACGAGAACGCCACCGUUACCAAGGGCGUUGACGGUUCCUACAACGUCAACCCCACUUCGAUCAAGUACCAGUUCAAGACCGAAGCCAAGGUUCCCCGUGUCGGUCUCAUGAUGGUCGGCUGGGGCGGAAACAACGGAUCGACCCUGACCGCUUCCAUCAUCGCCAACCGCCGCAAGUUGACCUGGAACACCAAGGAGGGUGUCCAGGUGCCCAACUACUUUGGCUCCGUCGUCCAGGCUUCGACCUUGAAGCUCGGAGUCGAUGCCAAGGGCAACGACGUCUACAUUCCCUUCAACGACAUCCUCCCCAUGGUUCACCCCAACGACCUCGUCCUCGGCGGUUGGGAUAUCUCUGGCUUCAACCUCGCUGACUCUAUGACUCGCGCCAAGGUCCUCGAUUACGACCUCCAGCGCCAGGUCAAGGCCGAGAUGGAGACCCUCAAGCCCCUCGCCUCCGUCUACUACCCCGACUUUAUCGCCGCCAACCAGUCCGACCGCGCCGAUAACGUCAUCCCCGGCUCUGACAAGCAGGCCCACGUCGACCACAUCCGUGCCGAUAUCCGUAACUUCAAGGCCGCCAACCACCUCGACAAGGUCAUCGUCAUCUGGACCGCCAACACCGAGCGUUUCUCUUCGCUCAUCAAUGGCAUUAACGACACCGCCGACAACUUGCUCAAGGCCGUCAAGGAUUCCCACGAGGAGGUCUCGCCCUCGACCGUCUUUGCCAUCGCUUCGAUCCUCGAGAACACCCCCUUCAUCAACGGUUCCCCUCAGAACACCUUUGUCCCUGGAUGCGUCGAGCUCGCUGAGCGCCACGCCGUCUACAUUGGAGGUGAUGACUUCAAGUCUGGUCAAACCAAGGUCAAGUCCGUCAUUGUCGACUUCCUCGUCAACGCUGGUAUCAAGCCCGUCUCCAUUGCCUCGUACAAUCAUCUCGGUAACAACGAUGGCAAGAACUUGUCCGCUCCCCAGCAGUUCCGCUCCAAGGAGAUCUCCAAGUCCAACGUUGUCGACGACAUGGUCGCUGCCAACCACCUCCUCUACAAGAAGGAUGAGCAUCCCGAUCACUUGGUUGUCAUCAAGUACGUCCCCGCCGUCGGUGACUCCAAGCGUGCCUUGGACGAGUACGUCUCUGAGAUCUUCAUGGGUGGUCGUAACACCAUCUCGAUGUACAACACCUGCGAGGACUCUCUCUUGGCCUCGCCCUUGAUCUUGGACUUGGUCAUCUUGACCGAGCUCAUGACCCGUAUUGAGUACAAGACCGAGGACAUGGCCGAGUAUGCCCCCUUCAACUCUGUCCUCUCCAUCCUCUCCUACAUGCUCAAGGCCCCCAUGGUCCCCCACGGCACCCAGGUCAUCAACGCCCUCUCCAAGCAGCGCACUGCCAUGGAGAACAUCUUCCGUGCCUGUGUCGGUCUCCCUCCCCAGAACGACAUGUUGCUCGAGGCCAAGACCCAGGCUAACCGCCAGUAA